CGCCUUGUGGGGUCGGCUGUAGCGGCGCUCUGGCUGCGUGGGCGGAUCUGGGGAUCCUAGAAGGGUCCCUGAAGCUGUUUGGGGGUGGGGGGGGGGUGUGUGGAUUUGAGCACCCCCCCCAGCAGCCCGCGUGGGUGUGCGGGGGGAAGCCCCGCGGGGGUUGGCGCAGGUUGGGUCUCUGGUGGUGUGGGGAAUGGCUCGGCGCAGCUCAGAGACAUGUUCUAUAAGGGCGGGCGUCCCUGUGGCUGUAGGGAAAGCUCGGGGACCAUAACAGCAAGGGGGGGCAGCUCGGAGACACCCCCCUCCACUGCCGAGAGAUCUCGGGUGUCGGGGAUCCCACCGCUGGAAGGGACACGCGCUGGCACACCUUUAUUUUUGACAUUCUCCAGCCGUACAGCCAGGCUGCCCACCCCAGGGGCCAAGGGGGGAGACCUCGAGAUGUGAUGCUCUCCUGUCAGCUGUGGUGGAGGGACGAGGACUUCGGCACAGGACACUCAGUUGUGACUUUCCUGUGCCUGUAGCUGGUAACAACCAUGUCAGCCCCAAAGGACAGAUGGAUUUCUUCCUUCUCUUUCCUGCUCUUCUGUGCUUCCUCCAUCCCAACGUGGGGAAGUGUGAGACUGCUGCAGGAGCUGAGCCCUCGGGAGUACUUCAGUAGCUUGCAGGCCGGCAGAGCAUCCCUGGCUUACUUCAGCCAUAAUGUUUCUCCUGGUGCCCAGCCCUUCUUGGAGCAGAUUGAGAACUCAGCCGAGGCCCUCCAGGACUAUGGCAUUUCGGUGGUGAAGGUUAAUUGUCCCGAAGAGGAUGUCUCAAGAUACUGUGAAAAAGAAAACGCAUUAAGGAAAGCCUACCUAUUCAGAGGUAACACCCUGAUCAGAGAGUUCCCCACCGAUGCCUUGUUUGACGUGAACUCCAUUGUUGCUAACAUUUUGUUUGCCCUGCUCUUUAAUGAAGUUAAAUAUGUGGAAACAGUGGCAGAUCUUCAGAACAUUGAAAAUGCGUUGAAAGGGAAGUUGAACAUGGUCUUUGCCUACGUACCAGCUACUGGGACAGCAGAGCACAGAGCCGUGAUGGAGGCAGCUUUUGUCUAUGGGACUGUCCACCAGUUUGUUCUGACAACUGAGCCAACGCUGUUGAAAGACGCUGGCAAUGAUGAGCCUGAGGUGUCAUCUGCCCGGCUGUUGUUCUGCCACUGCCAGCGGGCCACGGACCUGGCGCAGCCCUGCAGGAGGACAGCCAUGGGCCAGGCUCUGACCAUGCUCAACAUCCACAGGCACCUCAAGCUCAUGGGGGCUCCUCUGGUGCUUGGGCUACCGCUUGUGUUCAUCCUCAGCCAGAAAGAGACCUAUGAGGCUGACAGGAGGACAGCAGAGUUUGUGGCCUGGCAGCUCUUGGGGAAAGCAGGAAUUGCCCUUUUGUCCAGGGAUCUCGUAGAUUUGAACAUUCUGCUCCGGUCAAACGUCGCUCUGAAGACACCAGAUGAGGGAGUGCCAAUCAAAUACCUGGUCUUGGAAGACACUGAUGAAGUUAUAACCCUGGUGCAAGAUAAGAACAAGGUCACACAAAUCCAGGAGGAUGAGGACGAGGAUGAGGAAGAUGAGGAGGAAAAAGAGAAUAACAAUCAAGAUAUUCAGGAUGAUCAGGUGGUGGAAGCGGUUUCCAGGGACAAGAAGCGAGAGCUGCCCCUCGAGCAGAUCCUUGUCCUGACAGAGGAGACCUUCCACUCUGCCCUUUUGGAGACUGCCCGGAUGGUGGUGCUGUUUUAUGCCAGCUGGGAGGCAGUGUCCCUGGCAGUGCUGCGGGCUUACACCGAGGUGGCCGAUCACCUGGAAGGAACUCAGGGAGUUUUGCUCUCUCGGGUAAACUGCUGGGACUGGCCUGUUGUUUGCACAAAGGAGAACAUCACUCAGUUUCCUACCAUCAAGAUUUUUGAGAAGGGACAGCGAUCAGUGAUGUACGAUGGCAUGUGGGGAACCGAAGAACUGAUCAGCUUCAUCAUGCUGAGCCGAGUGUCUUGCCCUCUGAAGCUGGCCACGAUUGAUGAAGCAGAAGGAUAUUUAAGAGGGGAGUUUCCAUCUGAGCUGUCAUCCUAUCACCACACUUCAUUCCUGGGAGUAUUUAGCACAGCCACGAGUGAAGCCAGGGAAGCUUUCGAAGAGGCAGGAAACAUCUUAAGUGGCCACGUAACGAUGGGGAUGUAUUUUGAAGAUGAUGCCUUGGCUUUAUCCCGUAAAUACGCGGUGUCCCCGCCAGCCCUCCUCCUGGCCAGGAGCGGAGGUCAGGGCGUGGAAAGCAUCACUUUGUCCAAACAGAGCACGCAAGACAUAGUGCGGAUGAUCAGAUAUGAAUUGCUGGACAUUUUUCCAGAAAUCACCGUGCAGAAUCUUCCCCGCUACUUGCAACUCAGAAAGCCCUUCCUCAUCUUGUUCAGCGAUGGUGACAUUGAUCAAAAAGAAAGCAAGGAAAUGCUGAAGCUGGCAAAAAGAAGACCCUGGCAAGUGUUUGUGGCUUGCUGGUUGAACUUGAGGAAGACUCCGGUGGGACGCGGGGUCCUGAAGGCGUACUUUGCCACCGUGCCUUCGCUGCCCGUUCUCCUCUGGGUGAACCUUCGUGCCGGGGGUCAGGUAUUCAAGUUCCCGUCAGAGCAGUCCGUCACUGAAUCGAACGUCUUGUCUUGGCUGGAGAAGCUAAAAACGGGACUGGAGAUUCCCAGCAGUACCUUGUCUGAGGAAGACUGGAAGCCACCUCUCCCUGCUUACGACUUCCUCCAGAUGAUGGAGACCUCCAUGCCCGAGCUCCCCCUCCACACCUCCCACCGCCACGGGGACACGCCGGCACAGCACCCACCCGAAAACCCAGGAGGGGCCACCACUCUCCAGGAGGAGCCACCCCAGGAGACCAAGGCAGAAAAAGUUGGGUCCCCUGGGAGGGACCUGCGGGGGACAGCCCCCAGGCUGGCAGCAAGGGAGAAGCAGGUCAAGAGACACAGCGAGCUCUGAGAGCUGGGCAUCCCCCUCCCCGGGGGCAGUGAAAUAUGUGGGACCCUGCCCAGAAAACCUUAAUCAUGUUCCCACCCCUCCAUGAGCCUUUACACUGAAGAGAGGAGUGCUUCCAGCUGUGAAUUAACGGCGAAGGGCUAAAACAGCCCCUAAGUCUCAGUGUGAGUUCCCUGCUGCGGUGUGCUGGUCGUUCUGCUGGUAGCUGUGGCUUCCAAUGCCAGAAAUAAGUCCAGCCACCCCUCACCUUGGCCCCCCUGGCUGCUGUUGGGAUUACAUUUCACAGCAAGCGGCGAGAGCAGAUCGGCAGGGAGGGUGCUGCGAGGGAGCUCAGCCCACCCGGUAACUGGGGGGGGGGAACGGGGGGAGCUCGCCUGCAAAAGUCAAAUCAGUACAGCCCUGCUCUGUAGUUUCUGUAUGUCUCACAUAGGUGCUUUUGUUGCCCCCGAGCAGGAAAAAGCGAGUGAUUCCAGGAUAAAAAGCACAUUUCUCUCUCUCCUUCUGGUUGCAGCAGCGGCUCUGCUGAUCUGUGUUGGCAAGCCCUGCUCUCAAAAAGCGAUUCUAUCUGCACCGUAACCGUGUGGAGCUGGGAGAGCAAGCGAGCCACCCACUCCAGGGCUGCUUAACCCGGCACCCGCUUGUGUUUACACCUGCCUUGUGAACCCGCUUUGUGAACGCGUUCAUCCUCGGGGGAAAGAGGAGUAUCUGGCUAAAGCAGUUGUAUUACGAAGGCCAGAGCUCAGGUCAUCGCGCCAGCAAUGAAUAAAUAGCUGGGACAAAAAUUUGCCAGCAAAUCCCAAGGGCAGGCAGGUUGGAAGAUGGCUUUGCUCAACGCUGGCAUUUUCUUGGUUACAAGCCCAGGGGGUUAUUUGCGGCCUCAGUUUUUCUUUGCUCGCAGCGACAGCAGCGAGGUUGGUGCCUCCUGAGCUGGGGACGGUGGCGGGGAGUCUGGAAACGAGGUGGUGGGAGUUGAAGGAUGAGGCUGGGGACACGCAGGACCUGGGGAAGUGGAUUUCCAGCCUCUGCCCGUCUCCUGGGGACGGCAAAAGGUCUGUCACUGCUCGCUGGAGGACCUGAGCCCGCGGGCCAGCGUGGGAUGCGGGCUGGGCAGAGCUGUGUGUUUGGAGAGAAGCUUUGUCUAAUCCCACCCGUGCCAUGAUGAUCUUCCCACCUCCUCCAAUAAACCUCUGCUCCUUUCCACAGCACUGCUGAGAUGUGAGGGCCGGAUUCUCCUCCUCCUCCUUAUGGCUCUGAAGUUACUGGGAAGGGGGGAAAAAUUGAUGGUAAGGAACUGCUGGGAGCAUUGUAGAGUCUGUAUUUCUCAUCCUGCAAGCGGCCCACAUGGGUGGGAGUAUUUUGGAAUGCCCAGAAAUAGACCAUUAGUCCUGGGCUCUCCUUGAAGUCCUUGAUUGAGACAGACCAUUUUUGGACUAAACGACAGGCUUAGAGCCAAAAGGUAUGUCUUUAAAAUAAGCUGUAGCGUGCAGAUCGGAGCCUGCCGUGCAGCUGACUAUUCCCAAGGGAAGGAGUAGGUCAGGGCACCAACAGCUCCUCCGUGAGUUCCCGUCGUUUCUGGGCUCUGUUAGGUCGUUACGCCACUGUACGUCGGUCGUCUCCCAUCCUGUCCCUCGUGACCCCCCUGCUGCUGUUACAGCAUCGCUCUCCCACUUGGCGCAGGUGAAGCGCGAUAUCCGGGCCUCUCGUCGACGUCUUAAAUAAAUCCUAUCUCAAGUA